AUGCCUGGCAAACACGUCCGCUUCCAUGAGGAGAACAUCUUCUACUCUCCUGCUCCAUCAGAAUCGACGCCCUCACCAACUAUCUCAGAGUCGUCGUUACCAUCCUCAACUGGACCGAUUACGCCCCCUCAACUGAGGGAGCUCUUCAUGCGUUUGGGCCCUGUUGCUAUCCAUCCAAUUCUUGCCUACCACCCCUACGUUUUUCCCAUCAACUAUGACGUCUCAUACCCACCUAAUACCGCCUCCGCUAACAUUCGCGCCUCACCUAUCAACCUUGAUUCCCACUGCCUCGCAGAACCUGCUACCAACCCUCCCAUUCCCGUCCUCUCCCUCCAGAACGACUUCCUUCCAUGGCGUUGUGAAAUUCGCGCGUCGACAUCUCAUUACGUCACCGUGGAGGACGUUCUCAUCCAGCUCUACCGCUUCCUCCGUACACCGGGGACGCGUGAGGAGUUCAAAGCAGCUCCUAGCCAGCACGUUCGGGACACAGUUGCAGAAACAUACCACAACCGAUGCUUACGUGCCUCUUCGGCUGAGGCGUACGCGGAAGAGCAGCGGAAGGGGUUGAAGCGAGUAGACUUCUUAAUGGGGCGCACUACGUUCAUGGGGCUGUCCAGCACAAAAUUGGGUCCAGACGCUUGGGUGCUGAACCUACAAUGA